AUGUAUGCCGAUGCACGCACGGGUGGGGUCGGAUCGACGAGCCGCACGGGGUGGAGUGCGGUGAAUGCUGCCGGCGACACUGCCGCUGUGGGGUACGGAAGUCAGGCGUCGCUACGAGCGAUCUUGGACUCGGCUGUGCGUCGAGAGGAGGCAGUGUCGAUGGAGCAGCUGGGAGUGGGGCCGCACCGCAAGCCGCGUACCUUUGCGAGUCUGUACGACGUGGUUGCGCGCAUCAUGUGCACACCCACCACCGACGAAGCUGAAGAGAUAGAUCCGACUCGACCUCGAUACGUAUCGUUUGACGAGCUGCUCAGCACCACACACACCAUCGAAUCGCCUCACAACGUCGACGACCAAGAAGCCGAGCUUACGGGGCAGAUGGAGCGACAGAGGAGGAGCAAGAGACCCCGCGGGGGGCCCAGCUUCACCAAGCGCGUCAAACCGGUGGCGAGACCGGUUAAGCUCUGCCCGCGCUUUGCACGCACGCCUCUUCCCGACUGGCCUGCAUCGUCGGCUGAGGAGUCUUCGGCGGAAUCGUCCAGCUCGAGUGGAAGACUUCGCCUUUCGCAUUUGCAGCCGUUCCUGCGCGAUCUGGCGCUGCUGUACGACGACGACGAGGAUGAAGACGAGGACGAAGAUGAAGACGAGUGA